GAAGCGGAAGAGUCAGGAUACAGAGUGCAGGUCUUCAGAUGCUCAGGUGGAAGUUGAGUCAGGAAACUGUUUUUUUUUUAAUAGCAUCAGCACUGACACCUCCUCCACUUACAGCAGUAUAUCAGCUCCUUGACAGACGGGGAGACGGACAGACUGACAGCUGGUCUGUCUGAGAGCAGAGAACAAGUUCAGUGUGAGAUGAGAAGAGGGAUUUAACUCCAGCAAUGUUGAACCGACGGCUUGUGAGGGUGAGGAAUGCUCUGGUGCGAGAGUGCAUGGCUGAGUUCUUGGGAACUUUUGUCUUGCUGCUCUUUGGCUGCUCGGCUGCAGCGCAGGUAAAGACAAGCAGAGACACUAAAGGCCAGUUCCUCUCAGUCAACAUGGCCUUCUCUGUGGGCGUGAUGUCAGCAAUGUACCUCACCAAGGGCAUCACAGGUGCCCAUUUGAAUCCGGCGGUCACUCUGAGCUUCUGUGUGUUGGGCCAGGUGCCGUGGGGAAGGCUGGUGCCCUACUCCCUCUCCCAGCUGCUGGGGGCUUAUAUGGCGUCAGGGCUCGUCUACCUGGUCUACUACGAUGCUAUAAUGGAGUUCAGUGGCGGAGUGCUGACUGUAUAUGGCCCAAAUGAGACUGCGUCUAUAUUUGCCACAUACCCCUCAGAGUACUUGACUUUGGGCAGAAGUUUCCUUGACCAGGUAGUGGGCACUGGCAUGCUGAUGUUGUGCAUCCUAUGUUUGGAUGAAAAGAGGAAUACUCCCGCCCCCUCAGAGCUGAUUCCUCCCAUAGUGGCAGUGAUUGUCCUGGGGAUCUCCAUGUCAAUGUCAGCUAACUGUGGUGCAGCAAUAAAUCCUGCUCGGGACCUGGGGCCACGCCUCCUCACACUGAGUGCAGGCUGGGGCACUGAGGUGUUCACGUGCUACAACUACUGGUUCUGGGUGCCCCUGGUGGCCCCACUUCUCGGAGGUGUUAUAGGUUCUUUCAUGUAUCUGAUUUUCAUCCACUGGCACCUGCCUGACCCAGACCCUCCUGAGAGCCUCACCACUCUCUCCACCAUCAGUGACAAAAUCAAGCGGCCCAGCACAACGUGGGACAAGGACAUAGAGUUAAAAGCUUCACGGCUCUGAGUGUUAGUUACACACACUUCAAGAAAGUAAUCUGGUUGUUUGGGAAAGCAGAGGCACAUAUAUGAGCUUAUUGUUAGGACACACACAUCUCUGUUGGAGAAAUAACAGGAAUAUUGUAUUUAUAUGGUCUGCAGUGAGCUUUACAAACAUAGCCAGUAGCUGGGAGGCGGCUCCCAGCUGGA